AUGCGGGCAAUGCUCGAUAUUUUUUGGAAGAAUACCCAAGCAAAAUCAGAGGGCGACGAACAUGGCUCUAAAGCAGACCCUGACCUGCGCGUAUCGGGGCAGAUAUUCAACAAGGAGGGAAUGCGGAUUACGUCCGGGCAUUGGUAUAAGGACGGGUGA